AUGCCAAGAGUGACCAUUGACGAUAGGGAUCCAGCAGUGCGGUAUAGCAAUGGGCUGUGGUGGAUGGGUGGACGCGAGGGGCGGGAGUUUGCCGGUACGACGAUGGGCUCAGACUCGGAUGGGGCGACUGUCAGUGUUAGUUUUACCGGAACGCGCAUAACAGUCUACGGCACCCUCUCCGAACGAAACACGACAAGCCCCAACAACAACCCUAUCAGCUCAUACAGCAUCGACGGCGGUCCUUCAUCCACAUUCGAAGGGAUAACCAGACCGGAACUCCAAUUCAACCAGCGGUUCUACGAGUCGCCUGUCCUACCAGAUGGUCCGCACACGUUGAGGAUCACGAAGAUGGGAGAACAGGGAGCGCUUUGGGUUGAUGUGUUUUAUGUUGACCAGCCGGAUGCCGAGACUGAGGAACCUGAGCCUCAGGAAACUGGAGGAGGAGGAGGAGGAGGUGGUGGUGGUGGAGGUGGAGGAGGUGGAGGGAAUGGAGGCGGCUCUGGACCUGUCAGCCAACCAAGGCCUGAACCAACGCGGAAUGAGAACAGCACGCUCCAGCCCGGUACGAGUGAAGAUUCCGAUCGACCAAGGACAUCUCCCACUCCCCGUUCUCAAUCCAGCCCCACGGGGCCUGAAAGCAGAACGGACACUUUGUUGCUCGAAACUCGAGUCAAGACUAUCGACGUGUCUGGAACACAGAGAAUCGUAAUCGAGACGAUUGGCGGUUCGAACAGUUUGGACUCUAGUUCCAGCGGAGGGAGCCAGAACUCGUCUUCUGCAGGUUCGAAUGCGGGCCCGAUUGUGGGAGGUGUGCUUGGUGCAUUAGCACUAGGCUUGGUUGUUGGCAUUGUUUUCGUGUUUUUGAGGAGGAGGAGAGCGAAUAAAAGGGCUGAGCAAGUUGAUCCAUUCGUUCCGCCCCGGUAUAGCACAGUUGCGCCUGCGACGUUCCAGAAGACGCCUGCCGCUUGA